UUAAAGGCCUGAAGAAAUCACAGAUGAUGGCUUCUGACGCUAGUCAUAUGCUGGAAGCAGCUUUGGAGCAGAUGGAUGACAUCAUUGCAGGUACAAAGUCGGCUGCAGAGUAUGCUAAUGGUGGUUAUGAUAUUGUGUCACCUGCUCCUUCAGUAUACUUGGGCACGUUUCAAAUUUUACAUCUCCUGGAAGAUCUAAGGAUGGCAUUGGAAAUGAUAGAAGAUCCUCAAGAGAAAGAAGCAUUGCGAAGUCAAAUUCCAGGGGCCACAGCAGUGUGUAUACGGCAAUGGUUUGAAGAGAAUCUGUCACAGGUGAAUCAUCACACAUCUAAUAAUGAAACUUAUCAAGAAAGAUUGGCACGAUUAGAAGGUGAUAAAGAGUCACUCAUUCUGCAGGUGAGCGUUCUUACAGACCAGGUGGAAGCUCAAGGAGAGAAAAUCCGGGACUUAGAAAUCUGUCUUGAGGGGCAUCAGUUGAAACUGAAUGCUACAGAAGAAAUGCUUCAACAGGAGUUGCUAAGUCGAACAUCACUAGAGACUCAGAAAUUAGAUCUAAUGGCGGAAGUUUCAGACCUGAAGAUUAAACUGGUUGGUAUGGAGAAGGAACACAGUGAAUAUGAAGAGAAACAGAACAAAGCUGAGGGUUUGCUACAGGAACUUAGACGCCUCAAAAUUAAAGUGGAAGAAUUGGAAAAUGAAAGAAAUCAGUACGAGUGGAAAUUAAAAGCAACAAAAGCUGAGAUAGCCCAGCUUCAAGAGCAGCUAGCUCUGAAAGAUGCAGAAAUAGAACGCUUACAAAGCCAGCUAUCUAGGACCUCAUCACAUAGUGAAGUGGCAGAAAGAGAGGAAGUUUAUAGGAGAAGGCUAAAAGAAAAACAUCAAGAAGUUCAGCGGCUGAAGAUAGGAAUGGAAUCGCUGUUGGCCGCAAAUGAGGAAAAGGACCGUCGAAUAGAGGAGUUAACACUCUUGCUAAGCCAGUACCGAAGAGUCAAAGAGAUAAUGACUGCAGCUCAUGGCUCUUCUAUCUCUGGUGGCAGUGAAGAGGAACUUGAGACAACAGUGAGGAAGUGGAAUCUUUUGAAUAAUCCUCAAGGAGAAUUAUUUAAAACAGAGGCCUCUUCAGGAGAAUUGUCACCAGGUGUGCUCCCUCCAGUGCCACACAAAGCUAUGGAAAUCAGUGGAAGCAUCCCAGCAUCCUCAACUAAUGUAACCUCUCCACAAGCAGAUUCUUCAGAAACCGUAAAUAGGGUCCCACAGAAAAAGAAGUCAAACAGUUUAGAAGACUUGCAAAGUGAAUCCCUGGAAAAGUGUGUAGACGGGAAACCAGUACAGCCUGUUGUAGAACAAGAGAGCAAGCCACUUGUGAAAGGUAGCAGGUAUCAAACCUUGCCAGGAAAGCUACCUCGACCUUUGCAGAAUGGAGAACAGGGAACUUACAAUUCAUCAGACAGGUGCUGCACAAAGGACAGUGAGGACAACAUCCUGAGCCUAAGCUUUCUGCUUCUUGGGAUGACUGAAGAUCGGAUCAGGAGUGUCAGUGCACCAGUGCUAGGAGAAACAGAGAACAUGGAUGGUACAGUAGUCUCUGAUGACCUCUCACCUCUUUCUUCGGGAACGGAUUCAGGUCCACAGUCUCCAUUGUCUCCAGAAAACAGAAAGAGUCCAAAAGGGAUCAAGAAAAUCUGGGGAAAAAUAAGAAGAACUCAGUCAGGUAACUUCCCUGCAGACGAUCUGGGCUUGGCAGAGUUUCGAAGAGGUGGUCUCCGAGCAACAGCUGGACCUCGGUUAUCCAGAUCAAAAGAAACCAAAGGCCAGAAAAGUGACUACAAUGCUCCAUUUGCUCAGUGGAGUACUGAAAGAGUUUGUAACUGGCUUGAGGACUUUGGCCUCGGCCAGUACGUCAUAUUUGCACGGCAGUGGGUGACUUCAGGCCACACGCUGUUAACUGCGACCCCUCAGGACAUGGAGAAGGAGAUGGGAAUAAAGCAUCCACUGCACAGGAAGAAAUUAGUUUUGGCCAUUAAAUCAAUAAAUGCAAAACAGGAUGAGAAGUCUGCACAACUUGAUCAUAUCUGGGUGACACGAUGGCUUGAUGACAUUGGUUUGCCUCAGUACAAAGACCAGUUUCAUGAAGCUAGAGUUGAUGGGAGAAUGUUGCAGUACUUAACUGUGAAUGACCUGCUCUUUCUGAAAGUCACCAGCCAGCUGCAUCAUCUGAGUAUUAAAUGUGCCAUUCAUGUGCUGCAUGUCAAUGGUUUUAACCCCCACUGCCUACGCAGGAGACCAGCUGAGGAGAAUAAUGUGUCACCUUCUGAAGUAGUUCAGUGGUCCAACCACAGAGUGAUGGAAUGGCUCAGAUCAGUUGAUCUGGCAGAAUACGCACCAAACCUUCGAGGAAGUGGAGUGCAUGGUGGCCUGAUUGUUCUUGAACCUCGCUUCAACGGUGACACGCUAGCAAUGCUGCUGAAUAUUCCACCUCAGAAGACCCUGCUGCGACGCCACCUAACAACCAAUUUUAACGUAUUGAUAGGACCAGAGGCACAGCAAGAAAGAAGAGAAAUAACAGAGUCAGCAGCAUACACACCUCUGACCACCACUGCCAAAGUGCGGCCAAAGAAACUCGGAUUUUCACAUUUUGGAAACUUAAGGAAAAAGAAAUUUGAUGAAUCCACAGACUACCUUUGUCCUAUGGAUACAACCCCAACUGCUGCAAAUGGUACCCAGAAAAACUAUGGUGGCUACAAAGGACUUAGUCCAUUCACUGACCGGGAACUGGAUCAGAUGGAACAUUCAGAAGGAACAGUGAUGCAAAUAGGGGCUCUUUCUGAAGGCAUAAGCCAUCUCACGACAAUGUUGAGCCAAGAUGAAAUGCUGAAUGACAGCAGGUUUUUAACACCUACCUUUGAAGACUGUAGAUGAUGCUUUACCGUGACCAAGAACACUAAUAAUACCUCAUGCCUGGCCAGAGAGGUGGCCAGGAAAAGCCUGAAAGUACCGAAAAGCUUUACCUCUUUUCUGCUAGCGAGAUGUAGCACACAACACUGAACCUUGUCCAUGUAGCAACAUGUUACAGGCAACUCUCCUCCACACUACUCCCCAUAUUACUACAUGUGAAGUAGGUGUUGAGGGAGGUCUGGCACCUGUAUCCAGAGUCAAGAAAGCCAAGACUGGCAACAUGCUUUACCCUUUUACUCAGUUGUCCUGUACAUGGUAUGUUUAUGUACUGUUGUCUCAAAGAUCUUUUGUAAAUGUUUGUUUUUAUAAUUAACUUGUAAUGGAGGAAUCACCAAUACUGUUGUGCCACAGGGACUAAUCUCAGCCACAAAGAAAUUCAGAUGGGUGCUCUGAGUGCAGCAGCACUGGCUCACUAAAUCCUACUGCUGUCUUGCCAGAGAUUGUUCUCCACAGAAGGAUUUUAAUCUCUCAUCUCUUUUGUUAGCACUUGUCCUUCCCUCUUUUGCUAAGCAAGUGCGGUGUGAAUGGGAAAACCGGAACAUAACACUAUCCACCAAGCCCUUGCUUUUAUCAGGAGGAUGACAAGAUGGCACAUUCACAAAUCUUCACCUAACAGAUGAUGAACUUGGAGACUACCAGAGAAACUCAUGUGCUCAAAAGCUGGUGCUUCAUUUGAAGUGGGGUUUUACUGUGAGAUUUUUACAUAAGCACUAAGAUGUUCACUGUCAAGGAGAAAUUACUUUAAGAAUGGUGUUUGCUGCGCUCCAUGCAGGGGUAAGUAACAAUUUCCAGGGUGAUCCAUUCCUUAGUUUUAAAUGGCAGUUCUUUAACUAGAAGUCUUGAAUAGGCUCUUCCUGCAAUUGACAAUUUGUCUGAGACCACUGCUGCCACAUUUGCAAGCACCAACCUGCUCAGAAGCCUUCUCAACAGUCAAAAUGGUUCAGACCCUUUUCUAGGCCCCAUACCUGGUUUGUCUGCAACAUGGUACUUAUGCUCAGGAAGAUAGGGAUAAUAUUUCUUUUGCUAGUUGAUUAAUUAAACAUGGCUGCAAAAAUCCCUGAGGACUGGAGAUUACAGUAGGAACACUUCAACACUUGCAUGAGAACUGGUGAUGUUUAAACAAUAAUGCUGUUCACUUUCACUUCUCUUUUUGUUCCAGCUACAGAUAGAUUUUCAUACAAUAUUUAGCAAUAGGAGGCAAACAUUACUGCUUUGUGAUGUGUAAAAUGUGACUGAAGAGUAUUAGGCAAGUACCAUAAUGAAAUAAGUAUUUGUUUAAAAUACCUAGAUUUCUUUACAUACUAAUACAGCCUAAAGCCAGCUCAUUCCCAGUCCCAAAUGAAGGGGGAAUCUCCAGCAACUGUCCCCAGUAUGCUGCAGAGGUUCUUUGCAAGCUGUCAGUGGCACUUUUCAAAGAUGAGCUGUUCUAGUCCUUGCUCCCUGAGCCUCUCGUGGCAGACCCUGUACUGUAUGGUCAGAUUUUAAAAGCUAA